UCGACCCUGAAGUGAUCUUCACCAGAGAGCGCAAGAUCGGCAAGGGGGCGUUCGGAGAGGUGUUUAAAGGCAUUGACAACCGAACUGGCCGGGUUGUUGCCAUCAAGAUCAUGGACCUGGAGGAGGCGGAGGACGAGAUCGACGACAUCCAGCAGGAGAUCACGGUGUUGUCACAGUGCGACUCGCCGUACGUCACCAAAUACUUCGGUUCCUACCUGAAGGGCACCAAGCUAUGGAUCAUUAUGGAGUAUCUCGGGGGUGGAUCUGCCCAUGACCUAAUGAAGCCGGGAGUUUUGGAAGAAACGUAUAUCGCCAUUAUUCUGAGAGAGGUCAUCAAGGGGCUGGAAUACCUCGACUCGGAACGGAUACUUCACCGAGAUAUUAAAGCGGCCAACAUCCUGCUGUCGGAGUCGGGCGACGUGAAGCUGGCCGAUUUCGGCGUGGCUGGUCAGCUGAGCAGCGAUACCGUGAAGCGGCACACCUUCGUGGGCACCCCCUUCUGGAUGGCGCCCGAGGUCAUCCAGCAGGCCGCCUACGACUCCAAGGCGGAUAUCUGGUCGCUAGGGAUCACAGCCAUCGAGCUGGCCAACGGCGAGCCACCCUUCUCCGACCUCCACCCGAUGCGGGCGCUCUUCCUGAUCCCCAAGAGCCCGGCGCCGCAGCUGCAGGGCGACUUCACCAGGCCCUUCAAGGAGUUCGUCGAGGCGUGCCUCAAUAAGGACCCCGAACACCGCCCGUCGGCUUCUGAGCUGCUCCGCCACCCGUUCAUCAAGAAGGCUCGGCGGACGGUGUGUCUGACAGAACUGGUGGAUCGGUACAGACAGUGGAAACAGACGGCGCCCGACUCCGACAGCGAGGCCGACACCCAGUCCAUCGGCCAGUCAGAGGACGAGCUGUCGAUUGACCUGGACCUGGACGAGCCGUGGUGUCACACGGUGGUCGGACCGGCGCCCCACCGCCCCGCUCCGCCUCCGCCGCCGCCCAGGGAGCACACCCGCAGCCAGGUGCUGCAGAGCGCCAUCUAUCCGCUGCUGGCUGAGCUGCAGCGUCGCCACCGGAGCCGCCUGCCGCCGCCGGGACGCACCUCCUUCUCCGGCCGCGGGGACGAGGUCGAGGAACUUCGCACCGCCUUCGAGCAGGCCGAGCGCGAGUCAGCCGGAGUGUCGGACCGGUUGGUGCAGCGGCUGCUACAGAAGCUGGUGCCCUCCGCCAGUCAGCAGCAGCUGCGCGCCAGCUUCCAGCGGCUGGUGCGGUGAGCGACGCAGCUGUUGGUGCUUGAAGCUGUUGGUGUUGGUCUCUCGGUGGCUGAUCACAGCACCGUCUGGACUCCUGACAGUGCUGUCUUGCCCGGGAAGCACAGCGUACGGUGAGCACGGUAUCCGAGUUUGCAGCCAUGGUGGACCUCAGGUCUAGCCUCCCCCGCGGGACUGCGGAGUGCGCAGUCAUUCUUGAGAAUGAGCCUUUGGAUGUAAGGUAACGCUACUGAGUGAAAAUGAGCCGGGACCAGUGCAUAUGGCUGAGUUCAAUAGCACGGCCUUACGGUGACAAGAGGCCGAAGCCUGUCAGGCCGUCUGGCACCGACAAAUGUAGCUAGCAGGACGCCAAUGGCCAAGUUGUUGAGUUCUCUAUCCUUAGUUGAUGCCUUGAUAACUUGUGCAUCGAAUAUUCAUACCACAUAACAUUUGCUUUCCUUAGCGUGGUCAUGAUAAGGAAUAUUGAUUGAUCCUGAUGAGAUCGUGGCAUGCUUGAUCAUAAACUAGUCCGCUUUUAAUUCGAUGUAUUCAGCUAUUGCUAUUGUUCCCUCGCCGCGUUGUGCUGUUGCGUUCAGGCGUCAGCGGCUAGCACUUGUGCUUCGGCAGAGGUGUUGUGAAUGUGUACUAUGUACUGGGCUUCUCCCUUCCAUACAAAGAUGCACGAGGAAGGGUUGGUCUGUGAUUACUCGGUGUCUUGUAGCACAAGUUUACGGUUGAAACCGAGCAGCACGAAUGGCGUCUACUGCUUUGCCCAACUUUGGACUUUUGAUUAGUCCCAUACUGGUGACCAUAGCGCUUAGCCGCUUAGGGUGGGUCAUGAGCCACCCGCCACACACGGUUUUGUGCUCAGUUUGUCCGAAUUCGAUGACAAGCAUCUGUUGAUUUUACAGUCGUGACUAUCCAGAUUAUAUCACGGAGGUUGGUACCCGAUGCGAGGUAUGAUUGUAUGUAAAUGGGCCAUUGUCCGGCGCUUUCUGCAUUGUUACGCAUUAAAGUCAGCAGGAGCUUUUCGACGUGCAAACGUCGCUCACUGUGCAGUGCACAGCCAUUGCUGAGAUGUCAAUAAACGUUCACUGUUCAA